UCAUUGCAAGCAAGCGAGCGAGCGAGCGAGCGAGCGUGUGUGAUACGUGCACCCCUUCCUGGACCGACCCCGCCCGCCCUGUCUUGCCUCUGUCGUCGGGCUCCAGUUUGUAUAGAGUAUCCCUGUCUCUUGACUUGGCCAGCAUGAUGCGCUCGGGCAAGGAGACCAACCCUUACAAGCAAAAGCAUGAUUUCGCUGCACGCAGCGCCGAGGCUCGCCGGAUACGCAAAAAGUACAGCGAGCAAUAUCCCGUGAUUGUCCUGCGUGGCAAACGCUGCAAGCUUCCCCCCCUCGAUAAGAACAAGUUUAUUGUCUCUGGCGAAAUGACGCUGGCCCAGUUUCAGCAGAUUAUUCGCAGCCGCAGCAAUUUGGCGGCCUCGCAAAGCAUCUUUGUCUACGUUGAAAACGAUGGCAAGUUUGCCAUUCCAGAAACCAGCAAAGCGAUACGCCAGCUCUACCAGGACUUUGGUGAUGACGACGGGUUUCUCUAUUUGACUUACCAUCACGAUGAUGCCUUUGGAGCCUCAGCCCUCGAGAUGUGACUUUCUCUGUACCACCACCAUUCGUCUUUAUCUUUCUUCAAAGUGCCCCCC